CAGAACCUUAAUCUCUUGACCUAUGAAGAGAAACCUUGUUCCACCAUGGGAAGCGGAAUGAUUCGAUCCACUUCUAAGAGUGGUCACACUCUCUUAGAAGUCUGCUCCAAAAACCAGUGGAAGCCGCUCUUUCCCCAGUAUAACCCUCGUAAGAGUUGCUAUGACAACCGUGUCGCUGGCUUGAUUGAGCAUUGGCGCAUGGAUGAGCAAACCGGAAGCGAAGUCGCAGACGACUCAGGCCAUGAAAAUCACGGCUCAGCCGGAAGCGCGGUCUCUAAGCUGUCCAAGUUCUCAAGGGGACGUUUCUUUAAUGGCCUCUCUGGAAAGAUAACGGUUCCAAACGCUGCCAGCCUGAAUUUCAAAAAUUCAAGCUUCACUGUUGUCGGAUGGGCAAAGAUCUUGGAUCACACAUAUCCGCUGACAACCUUUGCUGUCAGGAAAGGCUUUGGCUGCUAUUUUGGCCCAGGCCGCCCUGGAUGGGUUCCCGGAUGGGAGACAGGACAUGGUUACCAAGCUAAGGGUUUGCACGUUUGCAUCCGGGAUAAGCAAAACCGAAAGGUUUCUCGAGUGAUUACAUUUGACAAUGGCUAUCAACCGCCUCAGAUGCUUGGCAAAUGGGUCCACUACGCUGUUGUGUUUGAUCGUGAUCAACAGAAGAAAGUUUUUGUUUACGUCAACGGCAAAAGGCAGUCCAACAGCUUAGACGUCUCAGCUGUUCAGGGAAGUGUGGAUAACAGCAGACCACUCGAGUUUGGUCAACUUUAUGGCUGGAAAACCAAGGGGACCCUGGACGAAUACAGACUGUACAACAAAGCCCUUGACAAGUUCGAAGUUGCUGCUAUCUACAAAAACCACCUCGCGUAA